CUGGGAGUUCGGGCAGAAGCUGAAGGUGUCGGAGAAGUAAUUGUCGGGCCCUUUGCGCCUCUGAUUUGCUUUCCCUGCCCAUGAUCAGCCUGAGAUAGCGACACUCAUGUAGGGACUGGGCACAGGGGACCCCUGAUCUCAUCGCUAUUUCUGCUUGUGUCCCCCCUGCCCUCUGCUGCACCCCUGGAUCCAUACACGAUCUGCAACAAGCUCUGCUGCACUUCUCAUUCUACAUCAAGCACAGGACUCUGCACUCUCUGCUCUGCACCCAACAUCUGACUCUGCUCUGCACCCAACAUCUGACUCUGCUCUGCACCCAACAUCUGCCUCUGCACCCAAGAUCUGACUCUGCACCCAACAUCUGACUCUCUGCUCUGCACCCAACAUCUGGUUCUCUGCACCCAACAUCUGCCUCUGCACCCAACAUCUGACUCUCUGCUCUGCACCCAAGAUCUGCUCUGCACCCAAGAUCUGACUCUCUGCUCUGCACCCAAGAUCUGCUCUGCACCCAAGAUCUGACUCUGCUCUGCACCCAACAUCUGCCUAUCUGCUCUCCACCCGGGAUAUACAAAGGCCCCAAAGCUUUGCUCUGCACUUUUUGUCUCUGCCCCCCAUUUGCACUGCUACUUCCUAGGCCAGACCCCAGCACCGACCCACCAUGGAGUUGGAGAAGCUGCUGAAUGAUUUCAGUCCCAGCCGGAGUCAAGUCCCUGUGGCCAGACCCACCCUGUUGCCCUGUGGCAUUGUGGGUACCCGGGGUCUGCUGUGCCAAGAAUCUGGGGUCUUGUCCCCUGUCACCAGCCUGGCUUUCACCAUGAACAAACUGGCCGGCCUGGGAAGCCAAAAUGAGACGCCCAAAAGAAAACUUGGCAUUUCCUUCCAGACUCAGGGCACCUCCCUGUUGCGCUCGUCAUCCUCUGAUUCAUCUGAUUCGGGUCUCUGCUUGGAUUCCCCCAGCCCCCAAGAACUGGAGCUCACCCACGAAACUGCUAAACUGCCAAUCAAAAGAGUCCACUCCUUGCCGGAGACUCUCCAGGGGGGCAGCCCCGCUCUACGAAAUCUCCCCCAUCUUCUGGACCUGGAUCUGCCCAAACCCCUUCAGAAGAUCCCAGCGGAGAAAGACAAUAAGGAGAAUGAAUUGUUCCUGUUUAAGAAGCCACGCCCCAGGCUCCGCACCUUCGAUGGCGCUGAUAGGGAGGCUUUUUCUGAAAGGUCUAACUCCGCCCCAGCUCUCAUGCUCUUCAGCCCUGAUAAGAUCGACUCUGAGUUGGAGAAGGAGAGCCCCAUCCGCUUACGCAAAUCCUCCCUGACCUUUUCUGUGUGUAAUGACGACAAUGAUGAUGAUGAUGAUGGAUUCAUGGAAAUUAUGGACGAUGAAGAUCUAAAGACUGAUAUUCCCUCUGGAAUGCGGAAUCUGCUGACUGCGCCAUUUGUGAACAAAGAAGACAAGAAUGAGGCCGAUAUGAUUAUUAGAAGCAAAUGCCGCCGGCUUUUCCGUUCGCCCUCCAUGCCAUGUAACAUCAUCCGGCCGAUCCUUAAACGGUUGGACAGACCAGAGGAUGGUGACACUCCGGUGAAGUCAAAGAGGCUGAAGAACUUGCCGCAGUCGCUCUCAGAAGAAUGGCCAGACCACCAGGAGCCGAAAAUGAAGUUGGGAAGGUCCAAGUCUGUGUGUCUUGCUACAAUGGAGAAGAUACUGGGCAAUGAUGAGCGAGAGCUCAUUGGUGACUCCACAAAGGCCUUUUUAUUGAAAACAGUGGAAGGGAAACAUCAGGAUCUGAAAUACAUCACUCCGGAAAUGAUGGACAAUGUGCUGAGCGGGAAUUACGACGACGUGAUCGACCGCUGCGUCAUUAUCGAUUGCCGAUACCCUUACGAAUACGAGGGGGGACACAUCAAGGGAGCCCUAAACCUCCCCCUGGAGCAGGACGUGGAAGACUUUCUGCUGAAGGAGCCCAUAGUACCGGAGACCCCCGACAAGCGAGUGAUCAUAAUCUUCCACUGCGAGUUCUCCUCAGAGAGGGGCCCCAGGAUGUGCCGAUUCAUUAGAAAGCAAGACCGCGAUAGUAACGAGUAUCCCAAACUACACUACCCUGAACUUUAUGUCCUUAAAGGAGGCUACAAGGAUUUCUUUCCCAGCUUUCAGUCCCAUUGUGAGCCGCAGUCGUACAGGCCGAUGCACCACGAGGACUUCAAAGAGAACCUGAAACUGUUCCGCUCCAAGAGCCGGACCUGGGCCGGAGACAAGAGCAAGCGAGACAUGUACAACCGUCUGAAGAACCAGUAGAGAGCGAAGAUGGCAGGAGAGAGCGCUGAGUGUCUUAUACUGGGGCCAGGGCUUGUUCCUAUUUGCUGCACAGUUGGAUCCACGUGGCCACUGAAUGGAAGUGAUUCCCGCAUGGAAUUUCCAAUUCGGCGCCACCGAGCUGCACCGUGCGGGAAAGACGGGCUUGGGAGGACGGUGGCUUUGUCCUUUAUUCUGGGAGACUCGCUGCACAAGAGAAGCUGCUUCUCAUCGGAAGGGGGAAUCGCUUGUAAAUGUAAAAGUUGCCAUUGGUCUUUUCUUUGACAUCACUGGACAUUAACACUUGAUAAUCAGGUCGGCCGCAGCGCCUGUGAAUCUCCAACAAUAAUCACUGUGACUCUGUUCCGUCCUCCCUCGGGCUGAUCUCUGAGGGAUUGAACAUUUGUUCCUCAUACUCCGUCUCUUAAAGCCAUUUGCAUUUGUUGUUUUGGAUUUUCCUCAGCACAUUGUUUUGUCUGUAGUUCUGAGUGUGUUGCACUUGCACUUUUAUCAGCCUCUCAAGAGGCGUAUCCCUCAUAGCCCCGCCCUCUGCCUCUGCCAAUCAGGGAGGCGUUUCAGCAACUGUCGGCUCCUUAGUGUGUGUGUCCGUUGUCUGAAUUGUCUGAAUUCAUGUGUUUAAAGGUUGCUUUGUGUAUUUGUGUAAAUGCUUGUUUCCCCCGCUGCCACAAUAUUUUAUAUUAUUUCCCCCCCCAUCCCAUUAAAUUAAUAUUUUUGUGAUCUCCCUAAAGAAAAGCAGCAAAAUCCAGGAACCCAUAAAGAACAAUGUUUAUCUGGGCCAACCAAUUGCCCCUGACCUCUCACUUCACUGUCCCGGCCUCACUAGUUUGAGUGACAGUUACUUUUAUACUCGUCCUUGCCGUCUUUGAUGAUGUCAGAGAUGGGCCGCAAUUUAGGUUCAGCGGGUUUCAGGCCGAUUUGCACAUUGAAACUGCCAGGCCACCAAGUGUCAGACCGAUUCGCACAUUGAAACUACCAGGCCAACAAGCGUCAGCCCGAUUCACACAUUGAAACUGCCAGGCCACCAAGUGUCAGGACGAUUCGCAUAUUGAAACAGCCAGGCCUUCAAGUGUCAGGCCGAUUUGCACAUUGAAACUCCCAGGCCACAAAGUGUCAGGCCGAUUUGCAUACUGAAACAGCCAGGCCACCAAGUGUCAGGCUGAUUCGCACAUUGAAACUGCCAGGCCAACAAGUAUCAGGCUGAUUUGCUAUCAGGGACUGAAUCACAAACAGCCAAUCCUGUAUUUCUAUAUAUUUAACUUAACCAAAAUCACAUUAUCUGAAUUAUAUAUUUUUUUUUAAAAAAAGCACUUCAUCUGUUUUUGCUGAUUUCUAAAUAAAUAGAAACCUUAACACCCCCCCCCCCAGUUGUUUAAUAUAUAUCCCCUCCCCCCGGCCCAUGUUUAUUCUAUAACCAGACCUGCACUGGAUGAUAUAAAGGUUCAGUUAUUCUAUAAUGUGAGUACGAGUGUUACUUACUAAUGAUUUGAUCUGAGUGUGGGGUAUAAUAUAUACAUAAUUCAUCCCUUUCCCAUGUGUAUUAGUAGGAUGGGAAAUUGUUAUAUAAAUAUAUUGAGUUAAUGUUUCCAGAUUAUCAUUGGCCUAUAAGUGGCCGCUGUCCUUGAGUUCUUCUUUUUCUAGAUUCUUAUAUAUCUCCAGGUGAUCUGAUCAUUGGAACAAGUUUGUACUGAAAAAAUAAAUGAUAUAUUUAUCUUGGGUUUGCACAGAUUCAAAAUGAGAAGCCAAGUUAUUCAUGACAGAGGUAUUUCCAUUGGGAGAGUCUCCAGUUAUUAUUUGCCUUAUCCCAUUAUAUUGUAUGUGUGAUUGUAAUGCUUAUUGUACACCCGCCCCCUGUCUGCACAUUGUUCUGUGAAUUCAUUCAGGGGAAAAUUAAAUUCUUGUUCUUACAUA